CUUUCACAACUAUCCUCGCAGCAAACUUCUGCUUUCCCUUAGGGUCAUUUCCAAGCAGGACACCAGUGUGUCCCGCUCUAUUUCCCAUACCGUGCAACGAGAAGCUCACGGUAGGAAGGCUGAGCCCCAGCUCCCUCACGCAGGAAAACAAAAUGCAGACCUUGUGGGUGAUGUUGAUCUGCCUCGCUGGAGGGCAGCUGGCAGGAGCCACACUCUGCAAGACGUAUGGCACCAUCCCAGGCAUCCCGGGGUCACCAGGCCAACCUGGCAUCAAUGGCAGAGAUGGGGAGAAUGGUCCGAAGGGAGAGCAAGGUCCUCCUGGACUUGUGGAGUAUGAACAAGACGUCGGUGAGAAGGGAGACCCAGGAGAACCAGGAUAUCCUGGGAAGGUUGGCCCCAGGGGGCCACCAGGUUCAAAGGGGCUGCCGGGUCCCAUGGGACCCCCUGGUCCCCAGGGAGACACCGGUGACUACAAGGUCACCCUCAAGUCUGCCUUCUCUGCUGCCAGGACCAUCACCUUCUUCCCACGCCGGGAGCAGCCCAUCCGCUUUGACCGCAUCAUCACCAAUGAGAACAGGCACUACGAGAACCGGUACGGACGCUUCACCUGCCAGGUCCCUGGUAUCUAUUACUUUACCUACCACAUCACGUCCAAAGGCAACCUGUGUCUCAGAAUGAAGAAGGGACGGGGUGGAAGCAAGGCCGAGAAUGUGGUGACCUUCUGCGACUACGUGCAAAGCAGUUACCAGGUCACCACGGGAGGUGUGGUGCUCAGGUUGGAGGCCAGUGAGUCUGUCUGGCUGGAGCCAACAGAGAAGAACUCUGUCGUGGGGAUUGAAGGGGCUGACAGCAUCUUCUCUGGGUUCCUGAUCUACCCUGAGGUUUAGUCGCUGUCUGUCCCCUACUGAGAGGCAAGAUCUCCACUUGGAAUGACUCUUAGCUCCAGAUUUGGUGCCCUAAGUGUGUUGUGUCCACAUUAAAUGACAGCUCCUUGUGCCACUGCUGAUUCCUAGAA